AUGAACUUUUAUAAACUACGUUUUUCAUUCUUACAAACCGUCUCUAAAACAAAACGUAUUCAUAUCGCACAAUCAGUUCGCCAUGCUCAUGUAGUUGGUUUACCACCAUCUUUAUUUUUUACCCGUAGUGAACAAGACCGUAUCCGUGAUAUUGCCAAACAAGCCAAUCGAUUCAAAAUUGACUAUGAACUCAAAUAUGCUGACAAGAUUAGACAAAAGGCUAAAAGAAAGGGCAUUUCAGUACAACAAUUAAAACAACAAGCAAAACAAACGACGAAACAACAUCAACAACCAAUAUCAAUACCAAAGCAAACACCUUCAAGCACGUCCUCAGUAUAUACUUCAAAUUCAACCACCUCAGUUCCUAGACUGAAUGAUAUUGUGAAACUAGAUAUAUUUGGGAAAGUAUCAAAAGAGAAUAUCAUCAAACUAUGGCACGAAUAUCACAAGGAUAAGAAAAAUACCAUCAAUGCAGUGAUUCCAUCAUCUAUUUAUCAAACGAUACAUGAACGCAGACAACGCUAUCCUAUGUUUAUUUUUCCAUUACCGCGCGACAAUGGCCUGGAAUUUUAUCUACUUCAAUUUCAUGAUCGACAAUGUUACUUCACUUCAUUGGCAGAAUACAAACUCAAGCAAGAUCAAGCAAGACCGUUUCUAUCGCUGACACAUUAUGAUGAACUUGAAGAUACCAAAGAAAUUGUUUUGAUGCAUGGUCAUAUUCACCAACCCAAGAUCGUUGAUGUGCAAGACGCUCAAUUCCUGGCUUUUUGUGUCCAACAUUUUUAUGGUGAUCAUCACAAUAAUCAACAGUUAUUUAAAUUAGUAAGGCAAUUUCAUGAACAUCCGGAUGAUUUUGAUUACCUUGCCUUGAUCGCUGCCAUGGAAAAACUGACCUAUUAG